AUGGUUAUUCCUACUGAUACCUUGAUUAGAAAGAUUGAACACUUAGUUUCUCAACCAAUUGAAGAAAGAAAUGAAGAUGAAAUCCAACUAUUACUUCCGUGGUUUCGUAAAAGUAGUACACUUUUUCAAAUUCUUGAUACAGCGCGUUUGACAAAUGUUAUACGUACCGCAAAGUUAGUAACGUAUAAAUCCGAUCACAUCAUUGUACAUCAAGGUGAUGUCGGAAACUGUUUUUUUAUACUGCUACGUGGGAGUGUUGCUGUUUAUGCAAUAAACCCAGGAACUAUGCCAGGUUCAGAUGACAUGAUUGUGGAGCCAAUUUCGUUAGAUAUAACAACUGCCAAAGGUCCUAAAGAAAGAGUCCGAUUCGGGCAAGAGCUUUGUGUUUUACGUAGUGGAAGAUGUUUUGGAGAACUAAGCUUUAUCUCUAAGCACGGCGUCAGAACAGCCACAGUAAUUGCUGAAGAACCUUGUGUUGCAGUUUUAAUAGGAAAAGCAGUAUUUUCAGAAUAUGUUCCCGAAGAGUUUGCCCAAGAGAUAAUUAAAAGAACAACUUUUGUAGCAGCGCAUCCGUUGUUUAAACUGUGGCCAUUAUUUUACAGAAAUCUUUUAUCAGAAAACUUACAAAUAAAAGAGUAUCGUUACAAUGAGGUGAUUAUUAAACAAGGACAUGCUUCCGAUGCUGUAUAUUUCAUAUUAGAUGGUCAAGCGAAAUUAACAAUGAAUCCAAAAAAACACAAAGAGAUAUACCCAAAUAUUCUUCAUUUGUUAGAUGGAACUCAUGAAAACGAGGAAAGUAGCUUUGAUAUUUACAAGUCAUUAACAGUUCUCGAGAAAAGACAACUUCGUAAAACUAAAGGCUUCCAUUCUUUGGAGCAGCGACAUCGAGAGGUUAACGUUUGUACAGUAGGCGUGCAAGGUAUUAUUGGGGAUAUAGAAGCGAUCUUAGAUCUACCUUUUAAUAUUGCAUCUGCAGUAUGCAUGCAACAUUUGAUACUUUAUGAAAUUGAGAGAUCAAGUUUUUUACGACUGAUAGUAAAAAAAAAUCCUGCAACAUAUAGAAAAAUUCGUUUGUCUGUUCAUGAAAAGUUAAAAUAUCGGAAUGGUAUGUACUCUGGUGGAAUACCAAUAUAUCAAGCGCUUUUAGUUUUGUUCGAAAAAACAAAAACUAGGCAAAAUCUGUUGCAAUCGAAGGCAUAUAGAAAAAACGAUUCAAAGCCAAUAAAAGAAGGGCUAUUAGGCGAAACGAUCGAGGAAGACAAAGGACCUACACAAGCAAAUAAAUUAGACGAAACCAAGUUGAUACCGGUUGAAACGAAUUCAAAAGAAGAAACCCAUGCAAAUAAAAAACAUUUAUUUAGAAAUGUCGCCUUGUUUGCAGGAAAAAUUAUGAACACUCACAAGAAAUCUCCAGAGAAAAGUAAGGAUGAAAAAAAGCAGUAUACCGUCAAUGAGUAUAAAGAACUGAAGAAGAAAAUGCAAACAAUGGCUAAAGCAUCACCGAAAUAA